AUGAUAAAGUUCUUUAUUAGCGCGAUCGUAGCUGUUUUCGUAACGAAAGCCGUACUGGGGUUUAGAAACCAUGGUUUUAAGCGCCACGAAGUCAGAACCGUUCCCACAACAAUGGACGAGUAUUUAACGGAAGAGUACGAGCUGGAAGGGGAACGGUUCAUCAACUUCGUCACGGUGCGUCCCGAAUAUUUCGAGAUAAACCGUGCCCGUCCAAUAAUCGAUUGGAUUACGGGUGUCGUUGGAGCUCCCGUUUUCGCCAGUGAUUCCCCGGGACCAUCGCAGAAUUGCACACCGUGCAAGUGUGGAUUGGAGGAACCGAUAAACGAACGAAUAGUAGGCGGUACUCCGGUCGAAGGCAAUGGUUUCUCCUGGAUGGCUGCGUUGUACUACGACAACAAGUUCGGUUGCGGUGGUUCCCUCAUUUCGGAUCGAUACGUCAUCACAGCCGCACACUGUACAACCAAACCGGACCGGGCACUGUUUCGAGUGCAGUUCGGUGUACACGAUCGCAGCAAGCCAACGGGAUCGUCCAUCGAACGAAGUGUCAAACGCAUCCUAACCAAUUGGUACAACGCCUUCAACAAUAACAAUGAUAUAGCGCUGCUCGAACUGACCUAUCCAGUGGCGAUCAGUGAUAACGUGAUGCCCAUCUGUCUGCCUCGGGCUUCGGAAACGUAUGAAGGUAGCCGGGGUGUGGUCACCGGUUGGGGGCGAACGAAAACGGGCGGAGGGCUGUCGGGCACUCUGCAACAAACAGAAGUCCCAAUCCUGACGAAUCGGGAAUGCCGCCGAGCCGGCUAUUGGGCCUUCCAAAUCACGGGCAAAAUGAUCUGUGCUGGGCUUCUCGAAGGAGGCAAGGAUUCGUGUCAGGGUGAUAGUGGAGGACCGUUGCAGGUACUGAACAAGAAAACAAAUCAUUACGAACUAGUCGGAGUUGUUUCCUGGGGUCGAGCUUGCGCCCAGAAGAACUUUCCAGGUGUGUACACACGUGUUAGUCAAUAUCUCAACUGGAUCAACCGUAACAUUAAGGAUUCCUGUGUGUGUAUUUAA